AUGAGUAGUAGCGCCACAAGCCAGCGGCGCGGGGAGGACCCCUGGCCGCGGAUGGAGAAGGAGGUGGAGGCGAUGAUGAACGGGCUGCUCGUGCAGAUGCAGCGGUACCGCGAGGUGGCGCACCCGACGGUUAUCGCGGGGGAUGAGAUGUUUGACUUCAUCACGGCCGCCGCGGAGGAGGUGGAGGAGAUGCGCGCGGCACUCGACACGGCGAUUGAGCACCCGGAGUUGUUUGCCAUCACGACGGAGGAGCUGCAGUCGCGGGCCGAGAGGACGCGCGCGUGGGAGCGCGACAUGAAAAAGGCCCUCGACCUGCGCGCGAAGAUCGUCGCCGAGCGGCAGCGGCGGGCGGCGGCGCAGCGGGCCGAGUUCUCCCCGGCGGAGGUCGGCAUGCGGGAGAACAACGAGUUUCUGCAGCAGGAGCACGAGGCGCAGCAGCGGUACGUGCAGGCAGACGACGUCACGAUUGACCGCCUCGCCGGCGGCGUGCGCCGUGUGCGGGAUACGGCGGUGAACAUCAAAGACGAGCUCAACACGCAGGAGUACGUGCUGGACGACAUCGACAGUGGCAUGACGAGGGCGCAGAUGCGCCUGGACGGUGUGAUGCGGAAGGUUGGAAAGCUGUUGGACUCGGCGAGCGACAGCAAAAAGAUGAUCUGCAUCGUCGUCCUGGUGGUAAUUCUGCUUCUGCUUAUUAUGUUUGUGGUGAAGUAG